GGAGGGCAUUAAGGUCACCUGGGAUUAUAUAGGUCCAGGGAUUUAGCAGAGGGAUCCUGGCUAGGAAAGAGAACAUCACCAGGGCUCUUGGGAAACAAACCCAAAUAGGGACAAGUGGAGACACCAAAGGUCAACUGAGAUUGGUCCUGUGGUCUCACUGCACCAGGAUCUGGACCUCUGGAAUGUCUGGCAACUUUGUGGCACCUCUUGGCCCUCCACAGGGAGUGAGCCAGCUCCGUUUCACAACAAUCUCACGUGUUUAGGCCAGGAAGGGACACCUGGGACUGAGUCCUCCCUUUACUCUGCCCUGCAAUUCUCCUGCCAUCACCCAUGCCCCCCAUCCACGCCCACCGGUGGGGGGCGCUCCAGCCAAACGUCACCGCUGCCACGACGUCCACGGGGCCCGAUUUUCUCUCCAGCUUUCGUUAGAAACCAGCUUCGGGUCCGCAGCAGUGCCGUGGGCGGGAAAAAGCAAAAGCGCUGCGCCAGGUGUAGGCGUUAGGAAUCCCCAUUCGGGUGUGCCAUCCUCCGGUCCCUGGGGCCUCUUGCCCUCCGAGGCGAGACCGGCUGAGCCCGCCCAGCAACCAGGCCCUCUCUCCCGCCCCUCUGCGUCUAAAACCCUCUAAGGUUGCAGGUUCAGCUACGCUUAGAAACGGCAACUCUGAGUUAAGGUUGGCUGGAGAAACUGAGGCAGGACUGGAGAUUCUGGGUGAGGGUUCUGAAGCUGGCCGCAGACUUUCGCCCCGGAACUGGGAUAGCCCCUUCCAAAAGCCCAAGCGGUGCAUGCCACGCCAAGAAGAAACCGCUGGGGUCCGCACGGACGUCUGGGGGAGAGCGAAGCGCCUCCUAGGCGGCUGGGAAACCUCAGGGGUGGCUGGCUGUGGGUGGGGCUGUGGGUGGGGUCCUGGCGGAGGGCGGGGCCUACCUGGGCUACAGGGCGUGCCAGCCUAGCCCGGCACAGCGGAGGUAGAGGUGGUGGCCCGCGCCUGUGGCUCCGGUUCUGCUUGCGCUCGACCUCGUGGCCAUGGAGGGAUCCCAGGAGCUUCUGAGUGGGAAGCUCCGGCUCUGCUUCACCCCCGCUGCCCGGACCAGCCUCCUGCUGCUCAGGCUCAACGACGCGGCGAUGCGGGCGCUGCAAGAGUGUCAGCGCCAACAGGUUCGGCCAGUGAUCGCUUUUCAAGGCAAUCGAGGGUAUUUGAGGCUCCCAGGCCCUGGCUGGUCCUGCCUCUUCUCCUUCAUAGUGUCCCAGUGUGGCCAGGAGGGCCCUGGUGGCUUGGACCUUGUGUGCCAACGCCUAGGCAGAUCUGGGCUUAACCGCCUCCACUGCCUGGGCCCACUCAGGGAGCGCCUCACUAUUUGGGCAGCCAUGGAUUCUAUCCCAGCCCCAUCUUCAGUUCAGGGACACAACUUGACUGAAGAUGCCACAGAUCCUGAGAGUUGGCAGAACAUGGGAGACUAUUCUGAAGGAGACACAGGUUCACAGCCAAAAAUGGCACUAGACGAGGUGCCAGAUCCACUGGCAAGCAGCCAAGGACAGUCACUCCCAGGAUCCUCAAGGGAACACAUGGCACAGUGGGAAGUGAGGUACUUGAGGAACCAGACCCAUCUACCAAACAGAGAUCCUCAUCAGGCACUGACUUCCUCUGCUAGCCAAAAACAUCUGGGCAAGAAGCGUCCGGCACCUGCAGGCAUUAUAGAACUAAAAGAAAAGAGGCUCAGAACUCUGCCUCUAGCUCCAAGUCCCCUACAAGCACUGCCCAGUCAGGACCUACAAGAGGGAGAAGCCUGGGAGCAAGAUAAAGAUGAAGACAUGGGCCCCAGGCUGGAGCACAGUCCCUCAGUUCAAGCAGACUCUGAAUCCCCAAGCCCUGAAGAGGUACCAGAUUACCUCCUGCAAUACAGGGCUAUCCACAGUGCAGAGCAGCAACAUGCUUAUGAGCAAGACUUUGAGACAGAUUAUGCUGAAUAUCGCAUCCUGCAUGCCCGUGUUGGGGCUGCAAGCCAAAGGUUCGUAGAGCUGGGAGCAGAGAUCAAGAGAGUUCAGCGAGGAACUCCAGAACACAAGGUGCUGGAAGAAAAGAUAGUCCAGGAAUAUAAAAAGUUCAGGAAGCGGUACCCAGGUUACAGGGAAGAAAAGCGUCGCUGUGAGUACCUGCAUCAGAAAUUGUCCCACAUUAAAGGUCUCAUCCUGGAGUUUGAGGAAAAGAACAGGGGCAGCUGAAGCUGUCAGAGGGCUCUUGAUCCCUCUGCCCAGUGAGACAUGAAGGAACAAAGCAGCUAUAAACUAAAUAGAGUGCAACUGUCUGCUCUUCUCAUUGCUGAGUCCAUGGUGGCAAGUAGGAAAGCUGCUCUAGGUUCUUAAGGUUUGAUUUUCAUUGUUGCUAUAUUUUUUUAGGGUUUGGGCACAGUGCCAAGACUUCAGAGCUAUGCCCAGGAGACUAGGAAAAGUAGCACAGAUUUGGCUUCUUCACUUUUAGUUCAGCCAUGUCAUUUUCAAAUCCUGAGAAAUUACACCAUUUCUAGGACAAGAUACCUUGAGGACAUUAGAAUUUAGCAUGGUAGCCUCCCUAAAGAAACAAUAAUGAAAACUUUUGGUAACAUGACUAAAGGAACUUGUAAUACACCUGGAUAUAAUGGGAAAGGGCUUGGGUGUUACCCAUGUACUGAAAGUGAAUCUUUUUAUAAACAUGGCCAAGAAAAUAAAACUGAUUGCCUCUG